AUGGACCUUCAAAAAUUAAUUAGAGAAAGGUCUCAGCUCCGACGUAUUUUUAAUAGACACACGGCGACCGAAGAAAAAUUUACAAACGUCGAUGUCGAAUUUUUGGAAGCUAAAUUUAAAGCAAUUAUAAGUUUGGAUCAUAAAAUUCAAGAAAUUUUGUUGCAAGACGUCAACUAUGACGAAGAAAUAGUAACAAAAGAAUUCGACGAUUGUCAAGAAAUUGAAAAAAAAUGGCUGGAAAUAAAAUUUAAUAGACCAGGCCUGAACAAACAAGAAUGCACACAAAUGCAAUUUCACUUACCCAAAAUGGAUAUGAGAAAAUUUGACGACAAUCCAAAGUCCUGGAUUCCGUUUUGGACACAGUAUGAGAAAAUUCAUUUAGAUGCAAGAAUACAGAAUGAAGAAAAAUUUACAUAUCUACUAAGUUGCAUGGCGGAACAUUCGAAGGCGAGAACGUUGGUGGAGAGCUACCCGCCUACAAAGAAUAAUUACGAAAAGGUCAUAGACACAUUGAAGAAACGAUUCGCCAGGGAUGAAGUAUUAAUUGAGAUUUAUGUUCGCGAAAUUUUAGAUGUUGUACUUUCGAAAAAUAAUUUAGAUAUUGUUGGCAUUUUUGAUAAAAUUUCUGUAAACUUGCAAAUAUUAGAAUCAUUAGGCAUAGGUAGGGAUAAGUAUGAGUGCAUUCUGUUACCAUUAAUUGAAUCAUCGUUGCCCGAUGAUAUUUUAGUGCAAUGGGCUAAAAUUCCAACGCAGAAAGGGUCGAAACUUCAACAAUUAAUGACAUUUUUAGAAAAUGAAGUUGAGGCACAGGGCAGGUGUGACCUUGCUAAGUUUUCUUUUGAUAACAGCGUUCCAAAACAGGUUAUUCCAACGACGUCAUGUUUCACGACGAAGCAGGAGAACAAUGUAAUCAAAGAAAAAGAAGGUAAGGUGAUCAUUUGUUUUUUCUGUGAUAAAGGUCAUAACACUCUUGAGUGCAACAAGGCAGAUAAACUAUCGCUCGACGAAAAGAAGAAUGCAAUAAAGAAAAAGGGUGGAUGUUACAUAUGUUUAAAGAAAGGACAUCUCGCCAAGUAUUGUAAAGCAUUUAUUAGAUGUAUGUGUUGUAGUAAGAGGCAUUUAGUUAUCCUCUGUCCAACGCUCCACGAACAACCGAAGACGUGUGAACAGAAUUCAACAGAAAAGCAUUGCGAUAAAAAUAAGGAAGUAUACAAUAAUUUAUCAAGUAAUAACAUAACUACCUUGUUACAGACACUAGUAGUCAAAGUAUCUACUGAUAAACAAGAGAGGAAAGUAAGAAUACUUCUAGAUUCUGGUUCGCAGAGAACGUACGUAAAAAGGGAGUUGGCAGAUGAUCUUGGUCUACAGGUAACAGGUACCGAGAACCUCAGUCAUUCGCUAUUUAGUGGUGUGAAGAAACCAGCGAAGAUACAUAGAGUCUUCAAGUUUAAAGUUAGUAGUUUAGAUGAUAAGUUUCAUACUACUAUGACAGCGUUGGAACAAGAUGUGCUUUGUGGAAGUUUACCCAAAGUGCAAAACCCAAAGCUGAUAAAUAACUUGAGAAGGCAACAGAUCUGGUUAACUGACGCAGAAGAAGAUAUCAAAGAUAUAAGUAUACUAAUUGGAUCAGAUCAGUUGGGUUUAAUCAUUAAAGAAAACUUUAUACGUUUAGAUGAAAAUUUGGUAGCAAUACCGACAAAACUUGGAUGGACAUUGCAAGGGCCCAUUCAAGGUGAUUUUAGCACAUCGGUGAGGGGCAUAAGUAGAAACAAGAUGGUCUUCCAACAUCCAAAGGAGGUUUUCAGCACCAGCUGCUCCCUGGUGGGGAGGGUGGUGAGAGCGACUGAUAGGGCCAAUAAAAGACACGUUUCGAAGAAUAUUACGCAGAACAUCAGUGGUAAGAAAUGGCAAUCCUAUAGGUAUCACAACCAGGUCGGAAAACACGAUAAUUAUUAA